GAGGCGGACGAUUUUCGCAAUAAUCAUUCACACAAUUUUUGCUUUGUAAUGAAGAAGGUGCAGUUUAUUAUUGUAUAGUGAUAGCCAAUAAAUAUAGAUUGCCAAAUGGUUGUGUAUGAACUCAAGAUCAUAGCUUUCCACCAACCCUUUGAUGAUUUCUUUAAAUUGCCAAGAAAUUGCAAAUGUUUGAACUAAAUUCUCUGAAAAAUUUGUUAAUAAAUUUCAAUGUAGCGACAAUUUACAGAAAGACAACCGAUAUUAUAUUAACGCAACAUCGAAAAGCAAACAAAUAAAAAUUUCCCCUUAAAUUAUAUACCGACUGUCCUAAUAACACGAACAUUUAGGAAAAUUUGCGUAGAAAAUUAUUGGAAAAUCAAUACUUGAAUGCCGGUGGGUUAGUGUCAUCGUCCAUUCAUGAGACGAGCUAGUUGAUAUUAAGCUUAGUUGAAGAAUUGAUUUUUAUAUUUUGCGACACCAAUAAAACCCUUAAACUCCAAAGUGAGUAAUUGUUUUCAUUAACGGAUCAGUGUUGCAUAAGAAGUGUUGCAAAGGGAAACACCCUAUUCCCAUAUAAAUGAAAAUCUAAAAACCAGUUAUAAUGUCAUGAGAAUCGUAAGAACUUUUUUUUCAUUCUGUGAAAGUAGCGUGAUAAAUCGAUAUAAAAAAUGACGAAAAGAGUUUUUGUUGUGUUAAACACUAAAUAAAUGAUUUUACAGAGAAUAUAAACGAUGUCAAUUUUAAAUGGCUAAAAAUUGAUUACCUAAUUGAAUUAAGAACACUUUGUUUCAAGUGAAAUUGGCGGAUAUGUGAUGGUUUACGAAUUAAAAGAAAAUUAACCCGUCUAGUAAAAAUUACUCAAGCGUUCAGCUCUAAUGGACUUUUUAGUGUAAAUUGUAAAAAAAGGACACUUAGUCAUCCUGUUGGUGUUUAAGUUUUUGGAUUUUGUUAACAUGCAAACGCUUCGGAAGAAAACUAGCCCAUGCAAAUAUCGUAAUGACCCAGGCAGGUUUUUCGGUGAUGGUGUUACAUUCAAGGCCAAAUUAAUUGGUAUUCUGGAGGUAGGCGAGGCUCGAGGUGAUCGAAUGUGUCAAGAAGCUCUGCAGGAUCUGAAAAUGGCAAUACGGGCCGCAGGUGAACAUAAGCAAAGAAUAACCAUUCAUGUAACGAUCGAUGGCCUGCGACUUCGAGACGAAAAAACCAGUGAUUCGCUGUAUCAUCACCCAGUGCAUAAAAUAUCAUUUAUAGCACAAGAUAUGUCAGAUUCCCGAGCGUUUGGCUAUAUAUUUGGAUCGCCUGACAGUGGUCAUCGCUUUUUCGGUAUUAAAACAGACAAAGCUGCGAGUCAGGUGGUACUAGCUAUGCGUGACUUAUUUCAAGUGGUGUUUGAAUUGAAAAAGAAAGAAAUCGAACUGGCCCGUCAACACAUUCAGAGUAAAACAAUUCAUGAACAUCAACCCGUAGCACUGUCGAUAAAGAGUUCUUCUAGUCCACCUUUAACCAAUAUAUCUCACGAACCGUCAACUAGCAAGACAUCGCACAAAGAGAUGUCACCUGAAUCGGUCGCUGACCUAGUUGAUCUUGAACAAGAACUCAGUUCCAUUCAGCGUGGAAUUACACAAAUGGAACGAAUAACACCGAACGAACCGACAGCUAAAUCGAACGAUGAUCCCUUCGGUGAUUCAUUCACUCACUUCCCCACAUACAAUCUACUGCCACCGCCAGAGUCAUCCAAAUCGCGACAUUCGAAAGCACUUAAACCACCGGAAGAUUCGAAACCAACAGUCACCUCGCAAUCAUCCAUUUCAGCAUCGACGGUAUGUACUGCUAAAACUUUACCUAGCGAUGACUGGUUGACCAAAAGCAGUACAACGAAUACUGUGGCUGUUUCAUCGCUUGAAGAACAAAUUAAGCAGCCCGUCGAUGAUUCGCAAUCGAAUGAUUUUGGCGAGAGUCCUUCCGUUUUAGAACAGCAUAUUGAUGCAUUUACUGAUCUUGAUCCGUUAGGCACAGGCAAGAGUAGGCCUUACAUCGACAAAAAGUAUUUUUUCCAAGAUUUGAAGAACCCACGAAAGAAAGUGUUAAAGGACUUGUCUGAGCCUGAAAUCGGUUUUUCAGCCAACUUUACUUCACUUGCCAGUGACGGCGGAAGCAGUGAAGAACAGUCAUGUAAGGAUACAAUUACGAAUUUGGAAGCAUCUAGUCUUUUAGAAGUAGGUAAAAAAAGUGCGGAAUCGAACAGUGGACUCGGUGGCGUUGCUGAUUUUGCAGCGAAUUUUACAAAAACCGAUACCUUUCCAAUGUCACAACAGAGCAUUUUUAAAAUGGAUUUAGACAAACAUAAGACUGACGAUCCGAUAAUAGGAAAUAAUAAGGCACUUCUAGUCACUGAUAACGAUCCGUUUUCACCGAGGAUGAAGAAAUUUGAUCCAUUCGAAGACGACUUUUCAAAAUCACCCCUCGACCCAUUCGAAUUUAAUUUCGUUACAAAAGGAAAGUCAACUGUCCUACCAGAGACGAAAAUCGUCAGUGAUGAUGUGGCUAAAAUACACAUAGACAAAAGGAUCACCGAUUUCAAUGGACCAUUGCAAGUAAACUUGCCACCGGAAAGUUACUCAGCUUAUAUGACGCACAAAAGUGUCGAACGUCACAGUUCGGAUGCUAGCGACUCGUCUCUGGCACGCAAUCGCCCAAACGUUUUCAAACAAAAUACAGUCGAUGUGAUCAGCAGCAUUAGCAGUAAGAAAAUGAAACCGCAUUUGUUUUCGCAAAAGUAUUCCAAGCGAGAUUCAAAUAGUAUCAACAUGAGACGUCUACAGGAAAGCGAUUCGUUAAGUGAAAAUGAAACAGCACCAGAGCCUCCACCUCGACCCGACUCAUCGUCGCAUGCAGAGCCUCCACCUUUACCACCAAAGAAGCAAUUUUCAGAUAUUGUUAUUCGACCAUCUCCCCUAUCAAUUAAUCGCGAUACAACAAGAUACGAUUACAUUUCUCAAAAUCGUAGAAAUCAGCAGAACGAUCAAAAUUCGCCCGCCUUGCCGUUGCCUUCACGUAAAGUAACAAGAACAGAUUCUAGUUUUCCAGGUCCGGGUCGUCCGGCUAAGAAAGUUAAGGAUGAAGAUGAAUAUCUAACACCGAUUUCGGCGAAAAAUGAUUUGCCAAUAUUACUGCCACCUCCUCAACGAGGCUCCACCAAGAAUCGCGGACGUCGUCAUCCGGAGCCAUUAACUGCAACUACAUCAAAUUCCAACAAAAAGCCUGAUAAAUCAAUUGAUAUUUCAUUACCGGAUAUUACACUCACUCAACUGUUGACAUUGGGCAUUGACGAUCUAGCAGCUAAACUAAACGUACCAGCCAAUAAACUCAGUACAAUGAACAUUGUUGAACUUACGCAAUACCUUUCGGAGUUCGUCGAAAAGUCAUCACAGAAAAGUAUCCCGAUUGCCGAUCCACCAGUACAACCAAUACAAUCGGAAGCAUUAUUCAAAGUUAGCUUUGAUGACUCAAACGAUGCUACCUUUGUUGCUAAAUUUGACGAUAAUUUCGGUGAUGAUAGUAACGGUUUUGUUCCCAACUUUGACAAUUUCGAUGAAAAAGUAGCCGCUGCACAAACUAAUAAUUCAAGCGCUGUUGAUCGAUAUGCCGUAUUUAGAAUUAUGGAUCAAGAACUCAAAAGUCAAGAAGAUGAUGAGCCACAAAAUGAUAACACAUCCAGCUUUUCAGAUAAUGAUUCCAAUGAAGACCCAGUUGUGCCAGCACCUGUAGCUCCAAUACCACGUAUCGACACAAAAAUAACUCAGGCCAUAUCACAAGCAAAGGAUCGAUACGCUGCCUUACGUGAUAUAAUUUUAGUUGAAGAUCUGUUUGAUAAGCCGACUCCACUUGCGUUGCAGAAGCAGGACGAUGAUGAGUGCGAACUAGCGGAUAACAGUGUCAUAAAUGACGAUAGCGAUAAUAAAGUAACCGACAAUGAAAGCUCUCCCGAAAUCAAUAUUUCAAUCAAUCUUGAUGAAGAAAAUGAUGCUUUGACCGACUUGAAACCGUCACCGAUAUUAGGUAGCAAAGAUGAUUUAGAAAUUGAUGAGUACAUGAACCGGGCGAUAUCAAAUUUAUCACUGGACAGUCGAGACCAUUUGUCUCCAAGCAUUUCCAAGUCACCGGUAACGAAAUCACAAAAUGCAUCCACAUCACCGAUUCGAUUGCAAAAGCAACAGCAGCUUCUUUCGCAAGUAACACAAAGGGCGCCAUCGUUGAAUGAUAUGUCUACAUCUCCUAUUCCCGUACAAAAAUCACCGGUCAGUAUGGAAAUGAUGCCAAAGUCACCUUUAUCCCAACCGGCAGCUGAUGGAUUAAGUAAUAAUGCUAAUUCCACAUCUCGAUCACCGAUUCCAAUGGCACAAGGUGUAGCAAAUUUGUUGGAAUCAGUGAAACCAGUUUCGGUUGGAGAUGCAGCAUUCGAGUCUUCUCCAGAAGUAAGCAAAACAGAUGCACAACCAGUAGUUGCAGAAUCUUGGGCUGUUUUUGACACGAUCACCGAGCCGGUCAAGGACAACCUAGUGAAAUCACCAAAGCAGCAAAACGAAGCAACCAAAGAGCAUCCAGUCGAUUCAUGUUCGUCAGACGAGAAAAACGAAUGGAAAACCGAACAGGAAUAUCACAAAAGAUGGCCUCGUGGCCAUACUUCAUCUUCGUCACGUGAUCUCAGUCCAUGGGAUGACGAUGGGCAACAGCAAAGUGAGCGUGGCCGUCGUGGACUUCAUCCUGAUCGACAUGGAUUUUAUAUGCGACAUGCACGAAGAAUGCAUUCAGGAGACGAUGACUAUGAAUAUGAAGAGGAAAUGACGAAAAAUCAUCGUGAUAAAAGGUCAAAAAAUAGCGCGUCACGCAAUCGCGAUAAUUUCGAUACUGGCGAAGCAAAUUGGUACCAUCCAAAUAAUCAUCACAGUUGGUCACCGCAAGAUGAUGGGGAAAAUGGAGAACGAGGUGGAGGUCGGAGUUUUGAACGAAGUAGUUAUGAGCGAAGUACGUACGGACCUCCGUAUGAGAAACGCGAGAGUUAUGAUUACCGGAAAGACUAUAAAAUGUACGACAAGAAAAAAUAUUACAGAGACUAUGAUCGACCUUCGUACGAUUUUGAUGAAUAUGACGAUUAUGAUCCAAGAGCUAAGAGUCGUAAGGACUAUGAUGAAUUCGAACCAGGAUUUAAGCGUCCGUCACACCGAAAUUCCAAAGAAUAUUUCUACAAAGUGGAUAAGAGAAGCUUUGAUCGCGAAAGUUGUGAGUCGUAUGACAGUGCUAGCCGUCGUAGAAAAAGUUUUGGCAGUGGCGAUAUGUAUGGAAGUGCUGACAGUCGCGAAGACUUUCGAGAACGGUAUACAUCAGCGGAAAAGAUUCGGGGAAUACGAAAGGCAGCGAAGCAAAGAUCCAAUGAAGAGUACGAACAGGACUCUGAAGGUGAUGUUGUGCUUAGACGUGCACCAGGAGACACAAGAAGUCUCCAGCGGCCAGCGUUGUCUAGACCGAGAAAAAGUAGUGGAUCAUCUCCGUGGGACGGUGAAGUUUGCUUUUGUUGUCUAGAACUCACUCCAACAUCGUCUCAAAAGUCAUGGAAAAGACCUGCAAGUGCGUCAGAAUCUGAGAGGCGAUUGGCUGAAAGUCGUCGUGCUUUGACUCACACACUUCCCGGAUCCGAUGGUGAAAAAGAUCGGCGAUUUCGUAAGAAAAUGCGAUCCCGUGGCAAGGAUUUACCCAUCGAUGGACGUGCAAACAGUUAUGCAUCAACCACAAUGCGUUAUCCACCCGCUCAUCGUUCUAGUGAAUUGGAAUACGAAGUUGCCGACUAUGAAAAUGAGCCCAAUUAUCGAAUGUCUCGCCGUAAGCAGGAAGCAUUAAGAACAAUGACGGCCGAGCGACGUAAAAAGGAUUCAUCAUUUUCGUUCGAUCGGAACAUGGAAAGCAUGCAUAAAUUUAGCAAAAGCAGUCGGGACGUGUAUUACCCCGACGAUCAAUAUGUUGACGAUGCUCCGAAAAGUGCUAGAAGUAGCCGUAAUGAGUACGAAUAUGACGAUUACGAAGAGACUCCGCGAUCAACGAACAGCGGUAAGUUUACAUUCGACGAUGAACAAGGUUUCGAGUCUGAUUUCAAUUCUCCGUCCAACGGUAAAUCGUUACGAUUUUCUAAUGACUUUUCGGAAAAGGAAACGCCACGUCUUAAUACUCACAGUGUUCAAAAGUCUGUUACGCCGAAUGCAGAUGUAACACCGACAAUUUCACAAAAACUUCGAUUCGAUGAUAAAAUAACCGUUUCAAAGUUUGAUUUGUUUGAAGAUGACGAUUUCUCGAAAGCUGAAUUCUCUUUCGAAAAUGAAGACCAAUGGGUGGCUGAACUGCCAAAAAAGAAUCUAAAAACCACGGCGAAACGGCAAGAUAACAUUAAAAAAUCUGAGUCGGUUAAUAUUUUUGCUAAAAAACAAGAAGAUCCCUUUGAAGACGAUGAUUUCUUUGCCGAAACUAAUGCAGAAACGAAUAACAAUAAAAAUAAAAACGGCGCUGGUAACGGGCAGUUUAACUGGGAACGUAAUUUCGCUAAAUUUGACGAAAACAUCUGAUUGCGUUCAAGGAAACGAAAUGCACUAAAGAUGCUCCAGCACAUUACUGCGAUCAAGUAUACAAUCAAAAAUAUUUUCACCAACACAGUUCGGUACGAAAUAUUUUGUGAUUAGAGCAACAAUAAUGCAUACGCGCCUGUUGCAUAGUUUCGAUUCCUUUAAACUUUACUUUGUGUGUCUGCAUAUUGCAAGCAUCAAAUCCGUUGCUUCUUUUGAUCUAAGUAUUCCAAACAUAUUGAUGCAAAAUCUUACUUUAUAGUUUGUUGAAUAGAGUUCUUCGCUUCGCUUUGUGCCCGACUCGUUUAGGACGGCCGAGAAAUGCCGGAGUCAUCUGCUAUAGACAAUGACGACAAGAAUAAGCGGAGAGCUCUGGAUAGUGUUCUCUUAUAUAUAGAGAGUUCUGAUGAACAUGUUGGAGUUAUAGAUUUUGUAUCAAACAUUAGGAAAUACUUAACCCAAAGAAAGUAACAGAUUUUACGAUUUUGUUGCGAUAUCCUCACCAUUUCCCAAAUCAAAGGAAUCAAACCGGUGUUUACCGUCUACAAAAGGUUAAUUUCUGUUUAGAGCUCCCCUUCAGGUAUACAAACAGUAUUUUGGUGCAAACCAACAAUUUCAGUCGAAUGUUAAAAAAAAUUGGAAGAAAUAGACAGAGUUGUUAAGUUUCUCCAUUUUUAAAAUAAAUUUUUAUAAAUUGGAAAUUAUUGAUAUUAAUGAGCAACAAAGAGAUGUGCCGUGAAAGAAAAAAAUUUGAGUAAAACCGAACGUAAUUCCAAAUAUAUUGAUGUUUUGCCACUUAAACAAAUUGAACGAAACAUAUCUUCGAAUGAAAUGCAACAAAGUAAGAGGAAAUGAAUGAUUGAUACCAAUUAACAAAAUUUUGUGUUACAAAAAUGAAGUAAAGAAAACAGUUAAUUAAACGAGUUAUAUACAAAAUAAACAAAGUAAAUUAGAAGUGUUCCUUUAAUAAUGUUUAAUAUUUCAGAAAUGUAUAAGCUUAUAGUCGAAUGAAAAAUUAAAUGUCGAAUUUGAUAAAUAAUACUCAAUAUAUAGCCAUCUCUAUAUACAAAUUUAAACCAGCAUUAAUUAACAAACGAACAACUAAAUCCAAUUAAAAAUAUUUAUAAAUAUAAACCAAAUCGAUCAAAUUUCACAAAUAAUUUACAAUUUUAAAACGAAUUCAUUAUAAUAAAAUGCUUUUGAAGCACACUCCGCCUCACCACUCUCGAAAUAUAAUUUAAAAAAA